UUAAUCGAUUUUGUGAAGGUGAAAGGUUGUAUAAAAGCUACAAGAAAACUUUGAAAUUUCUCACUCUGCCGGUAUCCAUACUACAGUACAGAGCUAGGUUUUAUCUGUAACUUAUCCUCCUCAGCUAUAAACUUAAAAAUGGAGGUUCAAGUUGGAGCUCUUCUUGGUAUGGGAAACCCACUUCUUGAUAUUUCUGCCACUGUGAAACCUGAACUCCUGACUAAACAUAAUCUCAAAUCAAACGAUGCUAUUCUCACCGAGGAGGAGAAUAUCUUCAACGAUCUGAAGGACGGAUACCAGGUAGAAUAUAUAGCUGGAGGAGCGACACAGAACAGUAUCAGGGUAGCUCAAUGGAUCCUAAAUAAGAAAUUUGCUACCGCAUACUUCGGAGCUGUUGGAAAGGACGACACUAGUAAAAUCCUAGAGGAGAAGGCUCGUGAGGCGGGAGUAAAUGUAGUUUAUCAAUCCAGUGAACAUCCAACAGGACGGUGUGCUGUUCUUAUCACAGGACAAGACAGGUCCCUAGUAACAAAACUAGAUGCUGCAAACCACUUUACAGUAUCCCACCUUGAGAACCCGGAGAACUGGGCUGUGGUUGAGAAGGCUCAAACCAUCUACUCCGCAGGGUUCUUCCUUACCGUCUCUGUUGAGUCAAUGCUGAAGGUCGCUAAGUACUGUGCUGCUGAUAACCGAACCUACUGCAUGAAUCUCUCCGCUCCCUUCCUCAUCCAGUUCUUCAAGGACCAGAUGAUGUCCGUCCUCCCUUACACCGAUAUCGUGUUUGGUAACGAGACAGAGGCCGCAACCUAUGCAGAGGUUCACAACCUCGACACAAAGGAUGUAAGAGAGAUCGCUAAGAGCAUCGCCCGACUGCCCAAGGAGAACGGAGCUAAGAGCCGUAUGGUUAUCAUUACCCAGGGCGCCGAUCCUGUUGUCUGUGUCAAGGAUGGCGAAGUUCUGGAAUUUCCCGCUGAAAAACUUCCCGCCGAUAAGAUUGUUGACACCAACGGUGCUGGUGAUGCUUUUGUUGGCGGAUUUUUGGCCCAGUACGUUCAGAACAAAUCUUUGGAAGUUUCUGUGAAAUGCGGGAUCUGGGCAGCAACACAUAUUAUUCAACGAUCCGGUUGCACGGUUCCUGACAAAAUGGACUUUACUGCUUGAACUGCUUCACAGAUACUAUUGUUUGUAUUUUUAUACCAAAAAUAAGUUGAUUUUAAGUUUAUUCUUAUAUAAAUAAAAUUCCUUGACAAU